CAGCAGAAUCUGGCUGAUCUGACCAGUUUGCCUUACUGUCAAACACUUCUGUCUUUCACACACACACACACACACACACAGUAUCAGGCAAUACAACUUUUCUGCAUUUUGACAGGACAGCAACAAAGUCGGAAGCCCGAUAGCUGACUUUAACAUCAUAUUUAUUUCAUGGAGGCUGCUCACAGCGGGAUCUAAUCUCUGUCAGAGCCUGUAAGGGAACAACUGUACCAGGAAAGGAGAGGAAAUCUAAUUUGGUUUGAACUGGCUCUCCAAUUUCAGCUCCAGACUACAAAGACCAAAUAAACAAGACUCCAUCUGCCUCCAGAAGGAACUGAACACCACAAUGGGACUCCCCACCCAGGUGCUGGCCUGUGUGAUCUUAGCUGUGUUAUACCAGCAUGCCAGUGGUGGACUCCUCAGGCGAAUUAUCAAGCAAAAUCAGGAGACUGGGUUAAACAUGACCUUGCAAGAAGAUAACCAGCCUGUGGUUUUUAACCAUGUCUACAACAUUAAAUUACCUGGUCACUCCCUUUGCUCUGUGGACCUAGAUUCAGCUAGCGGUGAUGCAGAUUUGAAGGCAGAAAUUGAGCCAGUCAAGCACUACGAGGAGCACACGAUGAACGAGGAGAACCAGAUUGUCUUCACUCACCGGAUCAACAUUCCCCGCCAGGCUUGUGGCUGUGCUGCUGCUCCAGACAUUAAGGAUCUCCUGAGCAGACUAGAGGAGCUGGAGGGGCUGGUAUCCUCCCUACGAGAGCAGUGUGCCAGUGGUGCUGGAUGCUGUCCCAGUACCCAAACAGCAGAAGGUCGCCUGGACACAACACCCUAUUGUGGUGGACAUGGAAACUACAGCACUGAGAUCUGUGGCUGCAUUUGUGAGCCUGGCUGGAAAGGCCCCAACUGCUCUGAACCCAACUGCCCACGCAACUGCUCAAACAGAGGCCGCUGCGUCCAUGGCAAGUGCAUCUGUGUAGAAGGCUUCACUGGUGAGGACUGUGGCCAGGCCACCUGCCCAUCAGACUGUAACGACCAAGGCAAGUGCGUCGAUGGGGUUUGUGUGUGCUUUGAGGGGUACACGGGAGCAGACUGCAGCGAGGAGCUCUGCCCCGAGGGGUGCAGCGUGCAUGGGAAGUGUGUGAGCGGGCAGUGCGUGUGCAACGAGGGCUUCACCGGCAAGGACUGCAGUGAGCCUCUCUGUCUCAACAACUGCAACAACCGUGGGCGCUGCGUGGACAACGAGUGCGUCUGUGACGAGGGCUACACUGGUGAAGACUGCAACGAGCUCAUCUGCCCCAAUGAUUGCUUCGACCGUGGGCGCUGUGUCAACGGGACCUGCUUCUGUGAGCAGGGCUACACUGGGGAGGACUGUGGGGAGCUGACUUGCCCCAACAAUUGCAACAACAACGGUCGCUGCGAGAACGGGCUGUGUGUCUGUCACGAAGGCUUCGUGGGGGAUGACUGCAGUGAAAAGAGGUGCCCAAAAGACUGCAACAACCGUGGGCGCUGCGUGAGCGGGCGCUGCGUGUGCCACGAGGGCUACCUGGGUGAAGACUGCGGAGAGCUGCGGUGCCCCAACGACUGCCACCGCCGCGGGCGCUGCAUCAAUGGGCAGUGCAUGUGUGACGAGGGGUUCAUCGGGGAAGACUGCGGAGAGCUGCGGUGCCCCACUGACUGCCACAGCCGCGGGCGCUGCGUCAACGGGCAGUGCGUGUGCGACGAGCAGUUCGUCGGGGAUGACUGCGGGGAGCUGCGGUGCCCCAACGACUGCCACAAGCAUGGGCGCUGUGUCAACGGGCAGUGUGUGUGCGACGAGGGGUACACGGGGGAAGACUGCGGGGAGCUGCGGUGCCCUGAGGACUGCCACAACCGAGGCCGGUGUGUAGAGGGGCAGUGCGUGUGCGACAACGGCUUCACUGGGGACGACUGCGGGGAGCUGGCCUGCCCCAACAGCUGCAACCACCGCGGGCGCUGCGUCAACGGGCAGUGUGUGUGCGAAGAAGGGUUCACAGGAGAGGACUGUGGCCAGCGGCGCUGCCCCAACGACUGCCAUGGCCGGGGUCGCUGUGUUGACGGACGGUGUGUGUGUGAGGAAGGCUUUGUCGGGGAUGACUGCCGUGAACGCUCCUGCCCCAACAACUGCAACAACAUGGGACGCUGUGUCGAGGGACAGUGUAUCUGUGAGGAUGGUUACAUAGGGGACGACUGUUCUGAUGUGUCUCCUCCAACUGAGCUGACUGUGACAAACAUAACAGAUAAGACCGUAAAUCUGGAAUGGAAACAUGAGAAUCUAGUCAAUGAGUAUCUUGUCACCUAUGUCCCUACCAGCAGUGGUGGCCUAGAUCUGCAGUUCACCGUGCCAGGAAAUCGGACAUCUGCCACUAUUCAUGAACUGGAGCCGGGUGUGGAAUACUUUAUCCGUGUCUUUGCAAUCCUUAAAAACAAGAAGAGCAUUCCAGUCAGUGCCAGGGUAGCAACAUACCUGCCUGCUCCAGAAGGUCUGAAAUUCAAAUCUGUCAGAGAAACAUCUGUCCAGGUGGAGUGGGAUCCUCUGAACAUUUCAUUUGAUGGAUGGGAGCUGAUUUUCCGUAAUAUGAAAAAGGAGGAUAAUGGAGAUAUAACCAGCAGCUUGAAAAGGCCGGAAACAUCAUAUAUGCAGCCAGGUUUGGCACCAGGGCAACAGUAUAAUGUAUCCCUUCAUAUAGUGAAAAACAAUACCAGAGGACCCGGACUGUCAAGGGUGAUAACCACAAAGCUUGAUGCCCCUAGCCAGAUUGAGGCAAAAGAUGUCACAGAUACCACAGCUCUGAUCACGUGGUCCAAACCUUUGGCUGAAAUUGAAGGCAUAGAGCUCACCUAUGGCCCCAAGGAUGUUCCAGGGGACAGAACAACCAUUGACCUCUCCGAAGAUGAAAACCAAUAUUCUCUCGGAAACCUGAAGCCACACACAGAGUAUGAAGUGACGCUCAUCUCUCGGCGAGGGGACAUGGAAAGCGAUCCCAUGAAAGAAGUCUUUGUCACAGAUUUGGAUGCUCCAAAGAACCUGAAGCGGGUGUCACAGACAGACAGCAGCAUUACUUUGGAGUGGAAGAACAGUCAUGCGAAUAUCGAUAACUACAGAAUUAAAUUUGCUCCCAUCGCUGGUGGAGACCAUGCUGAGAUUACAGUGCCAAAAGGCAAUCAGGCAACAACCAAAGCUACACUCACAGGUUUGAGGCCUGGAACUGAAUAUGGCAUUGGAGUGACAGCAGUGCGACAGGACAGAGAAAGUGCUCCUGCUACCAUUAAUGCUGGGACUGAUCUUGAUAACCCCAAGGACUUGGAAGUCAGUGAUCCCACUGAAACAACCUUGUUGCUUCGCUGGAGAAGACCAGUGGCUAAGUUUGAUCGUUACCGCCUCAUUUACGUUAGUCCCUCUGGAAGAAAGAAUGAAGUGGAGGUCCCUGUGGACAGCACCUCUUUUAUCCUGCGAGGACUGGAGGCAGGGACAGAAUACACCAUCAGUCUGGUUGCGGAAAAGGGGAGACACAAAAGCAAACCUACAACUGUCAAGGGUUUGACUGCUCCGCGUAGUCUAACCCUAAUGCAGGCAAUGACUCCUGACCCAGAGGAGCUUUCUGGUUCUGGGAGCUUUGCUGCUCCGGAGGCCUCAGGGCAGCAGGAGGACGCACUGAGGGACCUUGUGGUCUCCAGGGUAACAGACCACGGCUUUAGUGUCUCAUGGUAUGCGAACGCAGGAGUCUACAGUAGUUUUGUGGUGGAGUAUAAAGAAGUGUCACUGGCAGCUGUGCCCCCUGCAGAAAUCUUCCUGCCCAAAGAAUCCUUAGGUGCUGUGAUUGAAGGCCUCCAAGCUAACACUUCCUAUAAAAUCAAGGUGUAUGGAUUGGCUGGAGAACAGCGCUCCCCUUCUCUGGAAGCUGUGGCUACAACAGCAAAUCUAGUUACAACAUCUGGAGAAUCAAACAAUGAAACAUCAUUUAAUCCUACCAGUUCUGCACCUACUGAGCUAAGUUAUUUAACAAACCCCAGCACUGAUUCUCAUGCUCUGCUUUCGGUGCCCACUGGCCUUGCCAUCUCAGAAGUCACUGAUGCUCUUCAUGACCUUAAUGUCACGCACAGAACUUUCACUAGUUUCACCCUGUCUUGGGCAGCACAAGAUGAGGUAUUUGAUCAGUUCUUUAUCACUCUGAAAGACCUGUCCAGUUUAAACAAAACACAGGAAAUCUUUUUGCCGGGAAACCAGCGAGAAACAGAAUUUACCAAUCUCACAGCUGGCACACAGUACCAGAUUAACCUUCAUGGAAGCAUUCAAGGUCAGCUCUCUUGGUCCUUGGAAACCCUAGCUGCUACAGAGGAGGAACCUGAACUCGGGAAGUUAUCAGUGUCUGAGAUUAGCUGGGAUGGUCUCCAAGUCACCUGGACAGCAACUGACGGGGCCUAUGAGAACUUUAUCAUUCAGGUGCAGGAGUCUGACAAACCAGAAGAACCCAGGACUGUCACAGUCCCAGGUGGACUUCACUUUAUGAAUAUUACAGGCCUCAAGGCCAAUACACCUUAUACCAUCACACUUCAAGGUGUGAUUCAAGGCUACAGGACCAAACCCCUUUCUGUUGAAACCACGACAGGAGCACACCCAGAAGUUGGUGAGCUAACCGUUUCCGACAUUACUCCUGAAAGCUUCAACCUUUCUUGGACAACCACCAGUGGGGACUUCGACAUCUUUACUAUUGAAAUUAUUGAUUCUAACAGGUUGCUGGAGCCCAUGGAAUUCAACAUCUCAGGCAAUUCAAGAACUGCUCAUAUCUCAGGGCUUUCCCCCAGCACUGAUUUUAUUGUCUACCUCUAUGGGAUCACUCAUGGUUUCCGCACUCAGACAAUAAGUGCUGCAGCUACAACAGUAGAGGAACUUCUCCUUAACAAACUCACUGUAUCAAAUGCUACCUCAGAAAGCAUGUCGCUCAUGUGGGAAGCGCAGGACAAUGUCUUUGAUCAUUUUAUUCUAGAAGUCAGAAACACUGACUUCCCUUUGGACUCCCUGGUGCACACAGUGCCGGGGGCUUCCCGGAGCUAUGUGGUCACCAGCCUCAGAGCUGCCACUAAUUACACUGUCCAACUCCAUGGUGUAAUUGAUGGGCAAGGUGGUCAGACCUUGACAGCACUGGCAACCACAGAGGCCAUGCCCCCACUGGAAAACCUAACUGUCUCUGAUAUUAACCCUUACGGGUUCACAGUGUCGUGGAUGGCAUCGGAGAAUGCCUUUGACAACUUUCUAGUAGUCGUGGUGGAUUCUGGCAGGCUGCUGGACCCACAGGAGUUCCUCCUUACAGGAGCCCAGCGGCAGCUGAAGCUUAAAGGCCUUAUUACUGGCAUUGGCUAUGAGGUUAUGCUUUAUGGUUUUGCCAAGGGGCAUCAAACAAAGCCCCUAAGCACUGUGGCUGUUACAGAAGCGGAACCAGAAGUCGACAACCUUCUGGUUUCAGAUGCUACCCCAGAGGGCUUCCGUCUGUCCUGGACUGCAGAUGAUGGGGUUUUCGACAGUUUUGUUCUAAAAAUCAGGGAUACUAAAAGGAGAUCUGAUCCACUGGAACUAAUAGUACCGGGCCAUGAGCGUACCCAGGAUAUAUCGGGGCUGAAAGAGGGUACUGAGUAUGAAAUUGAGCUCCAUGGAGUUAGCAGUGGACGACGUUCCCAACCCAUAAAUGCAAUAGCAACCACAGUUGUCGGAUCUCCCAAGGGAAUUUCUUUCUCAGACAUCACGGAAAACUCAGCUACAGUCAGCUGGAUGCCACCACGCACUCGUGUGGAGAAUUUCCGGAUUUCUUAUGUCCCUGUCACAGGAGGUACUCCCAGUGUUGUUACAGUUGAUGGAAGCAAGACAAGGACCAAGCUGGUGAAAUUAAUCCCAGGAGUAGACUACACUGUUAGUAUCAUCUCUGUGAAAGGCUUUGAAGAAAGUGAACCCAUCUCUGGAACUCUGAAAACAGCUCUGGACAGCCCAUCAGGCCUAGUAGUGAUGAAUAUCACAGACUCUGAGGCACUGGCAACCUGGCAGCCAGCAAUUGCCGCCGUGGAUAAUUAUGUUGUCGCCUAUGUUUCUGAGGAUGAGCCAGAAGUUACUCAGAUGGUGUCAGGAAACACUGUGGAGUAUGACCUGAACGGCCUUCGACCUGCAACUGAGUAUACACUGAAGGUCCACGCGCUGAAGGACACGCAGAGGAGUGAAACUCUCUCCACCAAGUUCACUACAGGGCUAGAUGCUCCAAGAGAUUUAAGUGCCACUGAGGUUCAGUCAGAAACAGCUGUGAUAACUUGGAGGCCUCCACGUGCUUCUGUCACUGAUUAUCUCCUGAUCUACGAGUCCAUUGAUGGCAAAGUUAAGGAAGUCAUCCUGGGCCCUGAGACUACUUCCUACAGCCUGACAGAGCUGAGCCCAUCUACUCAAUAUACGGUGAAACUUCAGGCACUGAACAGAUCUCUGAAGAGCAAAGCAAUCCAGACUAUUUUCACCACAACUGGUCUUCUCUAUCCUUAUCCUAAAGACUGUUCCCAGGCUCUCCUGAAUGGAGAAACUGCCUCUGGGCUGUACACAAUUUACCUGAACGGGGACAAGGCACAGCCUCUGCAAGUCUUCUGCGACAUGAGCCAGGAUGGGGGUGGAUGGAUUGUGUUCUUGAGGCGGCAGAAUGGAAAGGAAGAUUUCUACAAGAACUGGAGAACUUAUGUGGCUGGUUUUGGAGAUCCUAAGGAUGAAUUUUGGAUAGGUCUGGAGAACCUCCACAAAAUCACUGCUCAGGGCCAGUACGAGCUGCGUGUGGAUCUGCGAGACAGAGGCGAGACAGCUUAUGCUGUCUAUGACAGGUUCAGUGUUGGAGAUGCUAAGAGCCGGUACCGGCUAAGAGUAGAUGGAUACAGCGGCACAGCAGGUGACUCCAUGACUUACCAUAAUGGAAGGUCCUUCUCCACCUUUGACAAAGACAAUGAUUCUGCCAUCACCAAUUGUGCUUUGUCAUACAAGGGAGCGUUCUGGUACAAGAAUUGUCACCGAGUCAAUCUGAUGGGCAGAUAUGGUGACAACAGCCACAGUCAGGGUGUUAACUGGUUCCACUGGAAGGGUCAUGAGUACUCCAUCCAGUUUGCAGAGAUGAAGUUGAGACCCUCCAGCUUCCGAAAUCUGGAAGGAAGACGAAAGCGAGCGUAAAGCCCCAGGAUGAUGAAGGCGAUAGGCAGGGCAAUGGGGGGAGGGGAGGGGAGGGGAGGAGGGAGGGAGAGAGUGGGGAUGAGGGGGGGAUCCUCUGGUAUCACAGGGUGGUGGGAUGUGAGGAGCUGGUAACCUUACCAAAGCAUCAGCAACCCUUGACUUGGCCCGACAGAGGCUUCUGCAGCAGUCCCAACAACGAGCCUUAUGCAGCCACCACGUUUUCAGCAGAGCAGCUCCGGCUGCCUGCAAUUAAUGUCCUUUACACCAAAGACAAUGAUCUCAAGGGUUGUAUGUUGUUUUAUUAAUUUUUAUUUUCUCAGAAAGCCUCUGGGAUGAAGUUCUUGCACAGUCUGACUAUCUCUUGGGUGGCCCAUGGUAGGGGAGGGAGAACAGCUUCUACAUUGGUAGUUUGUUUUAGAACCAGCCAUAUUUUACACACAGAAAUGUGUACGAUUAAUUAUCAUUAUUAUUAUUAUUAGUUAUAAAUGAAAUCCUUUGGUCAUUGGAAAGCCUUUUUAUAUAUAUAUAUCAAGUACCACAGAGAAGGAUGGGGUGGGAAGGGGAAAGCAGUAUGUUUUUAAACUUAAGCAUAAAAUUAAUAUUAUUAAUAUAAUGACAAAGUAAUAAUAAUAAUGAUAAUAGUAAUAAGCUAAGUUUUGUCAUUUUUAAGAGAACCAUGCUUUCCAAAACACAGCAGGACAGUGUCUGAUUGUAAAUUUUCUUUUUUAAAUAAAAGCACAAUUACUUUUAAAUAAAUUUCUACCUUUUUUCAUACAUGUUGAAUUUGUGCACAUCCAGGGUAUAUUCAGUAAGUUAAAGGGGGGCGGGGAGUUAAAAAAAAGGCUGAGAAUGAUUGGUCUGCUAAGCACAUAUAGAAAACAGUUCCUUUAUUAGUGGUCAGUUGUGAGUAUUCUGCUGGGUCUGUUGCAACGAAAGGCCCGUAGGAUUUGGUUUCUUUUAGAACACAUUUCCUUUUCUUGCCUGCCCAAAAGCUUUUCACAUGUAUUUCUAAGUGUUACUGACCAGCACUUGCUCCAGCUAGGUGGGAAUAACUAACACAGGAACACAAAGAAAAUGCAGAGCUAGGGUUGGCUACCAACGGUGACUCUGAACACUUGUGUAAAUAAAGGGCUCUCUUUUUUAUAUGAAUGAAAACUAUGUGUAGUUCCUCUGUAUCACAUUCUUGAAGUGAAGACAAUAAAAGAUCUUCUGUUUUAA